AUUUUCGGUUAGUUUGGGGUGAUUUGGAGCAAGUUUGGUCGGCCAUGCGGCCAACAUGUGGUGUCGGUUGUAUGCCAAACAUGUUUUUUUCCUCCCCUUUUAGCUCUGGUGUACCACCUGAGUGUGCAGGGAUGCUUUUCGGUUAGUUUGGGGUGAUUUGGAGCAAGUUUGGUCGGCCAUGCGGCCGACAUGUGGUGUCGGUUGUAUGCCAAACAUGUUUUUUUCCUCCCCUUUUAGCUCUGGUGUACCUCCUGAGUGUGCAGGGAUGCUUUUUGGCUAGGGUGUGUCAGCCAUUUUGGGUGUGUCAGCCAUUUUGGGUGUGUCAGCCAUGGUUGAUUUCCAGUAUGUGCAGGGAUGCUUGUACAGGGUUUUUUUAAAAAAUUUUUUUUUUGCUUUUGUGCUUUGGUCCUGCUUGAGAACUGGGGUCCCAGCAGCAUGAUGUGAUUGCAUUUAAUUAUGUAAUGUGUUAAAUUUUUAAAUAUAUAUAAAAAAAAUUUUUUAUGUCUUUUUAAAACAGAGAUGUCAAGGGACAAGCAGCCCCGAUCCCCCCUUUCCCCCACCCACUCGGAUCUAUCCCUGCAUAGCAACGAGGAGUGGGAGCCGACCCAGGAGGGGGAUACGACCGACCAGGCAUGCAGUGACCAGCCGCGGUCGUCAAGGGCCCAUGAGAAGACUAAGAAAAAGCUUAGUAGAAAGGCACUGACAACACCUGCAGACACAAAUAGCAUCCAACUUGACCCACCCUAGUUUGCGCACUGCCAUGCACACCUACAUGUAUAUGUGCGCAAUGCCAGGGAUACUGACACUCACAGGUACAUACCGAUCUUAUUAAAUGCAUGUUUUUUGUUUUUUCAAUCCCUAAAGGCAAGAAGCCAGCCAGAGGAGCAGUCGGAGGAGGAAGCCUCUGGUGAAGAUGCAGGACCGAAAAAGCAGCGUGGCCCCAGAUACACUGAGGCGGAAAACUGUGCUCUAGUGGAUGGCGUCGAUAGGUCCUACGACGUUCUGUAUGGACCAAGGGCACAGACCACAGCAGCUAGGACAAAGCGAAGCAUCUGGGAUGCCAUCGCGAGCCAAGUCACUGCAGUAUCUGGAAACCGCCGGAGCACCAGAAACUGCAUGAAGCGGUACAGUGAUUGCCGCAGACAGACCAAAAAGAAGAUGGGGAUUCAGCGCCGACAUGAGACCGCUACGGGAGGUGGACCGGCUCUCAACCUGAAGUGGCUACCCUGGGAGAAUGUUAUUAGAAGGUGCAUGAACCCUGCCAUGGUCGAAGGAGUUCGCGGAGGUGUGGACUCUGGCCGUCCUGCUGGCUUUCCCGAGGAGGAAGAACCGCCCAGAAGACGGAAGAAGGCGGGAGAUAAGCUGUCCAAAAGGAGGCCUGAUGACAGGCCUGCCCAGAGGACAUCACCUGCGCGCAGGACAUCGCCAGCGCGCGGACCGACACCUGCGCAGCAGGCAUCGACAGCAGCGCGCGGACCGACACCUGCGCAGCAAGCAUCAGGAGCGCGCAGAUCUUCACCUGUGCGCCACAGAUCGUCAUCGCACAGUUUGUCACCUGUGCACCAGACGAAGUCAGCGCGCAGACUAUCACCUGUGCGCCAGACAUCAGCGCACAGAACUUCACCUGUGCGCCAUACACCGUCGGCGACCACACCACAAGAUGGGCGCCAAACUACAGCUCCUGCGCGCAGGUCAUCACCAGAUCGUCGUAUCUCCAGGAGCUCAGGGACUGUGACUGAAGAGCCUCAGGACACAACCCUUGUGGACCCAUCACCCGAUCUGUUUGAGUCUACAGGGUCAACAGAUGAGACUUUUCUUGGGUUUGAGGACAGCCGUGCAGACGUAUCCAGCCAGACCCUUGAAAAGUCUUCAGAUACGAGGACAAGUGAAGCUCCUGGAGCAGCGGCACCACAGGAUGGAGAAGUGGUGCCACGGACCAGCAGCGGACUAGCUUCGGGAAUUGGUUCCUACUACAGGCCGGAUCUCCUCCUACAGGAGUCGUCAGAGGAUGACGAGGUGGAAGUGCAGCAGGCUGCAGUUGCUACAUCCCUGUCUGCCCAAAUGCAAGUGGUGGCAGACGCCCAGGAAGGGCAGAAUCCCUCAACUGUUCAGAGGGUGAACACCCUGGCAUCGGAGAUUACUUCUCGCCAGGAUACCUACACAAAUGUUGUUGGAAGCAGACUGGACAACAUUGAGAGGACAAUGGAGAAGAUGUCAAACAGUCUGCUUGAAAUGCAGAAGGCUCUUGCCGACAGCACGGCCACAAUGCUACAGGUCAGAAUGAACGAUCAUAGGGAGACUAUGGACGUCCUUCACAUUCUGGCCGAAUCCAUGAGCCGGCUCGUGGAGAACACAACAUGUCUGGCACACAGCAAUACCAACAUGUCGGAGAGCCAUCGACAAUCCUCAUCCAGCCAACAGCUCAUCGCAACCACACUGCAGAUGAUCUAUGACAAGCUCCCAGAACCAGCUCAUCAACACGCUGGUGAUCCACCAUUUCCGCCGUCACAAGCCACAAGGACGCCUCGUACCCUUCCGCAACUACCAUCCCAGUACAGACAGUCACAGAUGUACCAGGGAUAUACAGGGAUGUACCCCACCCACCAGAUGCCUCCACCACCGGCCGCCACAUCUACAGCCGCAUGGGCACAGAGGCCCAGUCAACGUACUACCCAGCCUCCCAGGACAUCGACACCCCACACUCAGGAGGAACACUAGGAUCCGGACAGACUUCCACCAUAAGCCCGGUCGUAUUGUUUUAUUUACUUCAUAUGUUUUUCAUGUAUCCCUUUCUUCCCCUCCCAUUAGUUUUUUUUUUUUCUUACUAUUGUUUUUUCUUUGUUGGGCUUCCCCACCCGUGACCGGGUACUACCAAGGAGCUUUGUGUAGGCAUACAUGCGCGGGCAUGUAUGCGGGCGCGUGUGGUAACGGAUGAAAGCUCCUUGUGGCUACAUGUAUGAUGGGCCAAAGAGCAAUUCUGAUACCACUCUUUUACCCAAAAAAUCCUUUUUGUAAUGGUGUACAAUAGGCUUUCACUGUUGUGUGUAUUUACUAUUCACUAGUGUGUGUUUUUGGCUUAUUCAUAGGAUUGGGUGGAAAAUUGAAGUGGACGGCAUAAGUUCGUGUUGUGCGUACCAAGAUAUCUAUCUACACAAGAAAAGAAUAUAAAGAAUAACAAACUACUUUUUUGUUAUAUUACCUUUCAAUUUUUAUUUCAAUAAUCAAAUACAAUUUUUCUUCAAUAA